UGUCAACAUUCAGUACGAUCAGACUCAUUAGGUUAAUUUUAGUUUUACAAAAAGAUAAUUUAGUUUUAUUUUUCCAAAGUACAACAAUCAAAAUUAAUUUAACAAAAUGACAACGCUUAAACAAGUUCCUCUUACAUGCGGUGGCCACACGAGACCAGUCGUGCAUUUGGAUUUUAGUGACGUUACAAAAGACGGAUAUUAUUUGAUUUCUGCCUGCAAAGAUGGCAAGCCUAUGUUACGACAAGGUGAAACUGGUGACUGGAUUGGAACAUUUGAAGGUCACAAGGGUGCUGUUUGGGGUGUGGCACUUACACAAAAUGCAAACUUGGCUGCUAGUGGGGCAGCCGAUUUUACAGCAAAAUUGUGGGAUGCUCGAUAUGGUGAUAUGGUCCACACUUUUGAACAUGAACACAUUGUGAAAAGUGUUAAUUUCAAUGCCGAUGACACAUUGUUGGUGACUGCUAGCAAUGAGAAACUUAUACGAGUUUUUGACCUCAACAAGCUUGAAGCUGGACCAAUCGAAAAAAUAAACGGACAUACAAGUAGCAUAAGACACGCAGUGUUCCUGAAUAACUCUCGCAUCGUGAGUGUCAGUGAUGACAAUACUAUGCGCGUUUGGGAUCGUAACAGUGGAGAAGAAGUCCAAAAGGUUGAAUUCCAGUCGGUCCCUAAUAGUCUAGAGUUGUCCAGGGAUGGAGCCAUAUUGACUGUUGCACACGGUACAAACGUAUCGUUUUAUACGUCGGACACGAUGCGCAAGCUACGCGAGUUCCCCGUGCCAACGAAGUGCUACUCGGCAUCGCUGGCUCCGAGCCGGGCGACCUUCGUGUGCGGCGGAGACGAUCUAAAAGUCUACAAAUAUGACUACAAUACUGGAACUGAACUGGAGUCGAACCGGGGCCACUUCGGUCCAGUGCACUGCGUGCGAUGGUCCCCGGACGGAGAGCUGUACGCGUCCGGCUCGGAGGACGGCACGGUGCGGCUGUGGCAGGCGGUGCCGGGCCGCGCCUACGGGCUGUGGCGCCGCGCCAACGAGACCGCGCCCCUCGCUAACGGGUACAAGGAGGUGCCGGCCAACUGACACGCGUGCCAACCCUCCACUAGCCAGGGCUACAUGUGAUCAGCAGUGCAAUCAAAAUUGUGCAUUUGGUGAAGUAAAAACAGUGUGUUGUUUUAGUCACCAAAGCAUGUGUAACGGACUUGUGAAGAUAUAAGUAACGUGAACAAAUCAAGACUUUACAAACUGUUCGUAACAUUUUAAACUGUGUUUGUGUUGUUUAUUUUAUUGCAACACUUGUUUUUUAUACUCAAACUUAUGUAUUUAUUGUAAAAAGGAAACUAAAUAGACUUGAUAUGCAACAAAUAAAGUGAUUUGUAAAUAUG